ACAACUGGGAUAAAUGACCCGAGAUGAAGAAACCACUGGCAUCCAGGAACUUGUCUUAGACCAUUUUGUAGGGGAAAUGACCUGCAGGGACUUUCAUCAGGGACCACAUCCAGCUUUUCUUCCCUCCCAAGAGACCAGCAAGGCUCACUAUAAAUAGCAGCCACCUCUCCCUGGCAGACAGGGACCCGCAGCUCAGCUACAGCACAGAUCAGCACCAUGAAGCUUCUCACGGGCCUGGUUUUCUGCUCCUUGGUCCUGGGUGUCAGCAGCCGAAGCUUCUUUUCGUUCCUUGGCGAGGCUUUUGAUGGGGCUCGGGACAUGUGGAGAGCCUACUCUGACAUGAGAGAAGCCAAUUACAUCGGCUCAGACAAAUACUUCCAUGCUCGGGGGAACUAUGAUGCUGCCAAAAGGGGACCUGGGGGUGCCUGGGCCGCAGAAGUGAUCAGCAAUGCCAGAGAGAAUAUCCAGAGACUCACAGGCCAUGGUGCGGAGGACUCACUGGCCGAUCAGGCUGCCAAUAAAUGGGGCAGGAGUGGCAGAGACCCCAAUCACUUCCGACCUGCUGGCCUGCCUGAGAAAUACUGAGCUUCCUCUUCUCUCUGCUCUCAGGAGACCUGGCUGUGAGGCCCUCGGGGCAGGGAUACAAAGUUAGUGAGGUCUAUGUCCAGAGAAGCUGAGAUAUGGCAUAUAAUAGGCAUCUAAUAAAUGCUUAAGAGAUGGAA